CCCCGCGCCGCGCCCGCGCCCCAUGCGCGCCCCGCCAUGACCAUCCUCCCCAAGAAAAAGCCGGUCCCGGCUCCCGACGGUGAUGGCGAUUCCGGCCCUGACGCGGGGCCCGAGCGCGGAGCGGACGCGGGGCCCGAGCGAGGCCCCGGAGGCGUCGGCGAACCCGGCGGGCCCGGCGUGGGGGGGCCGCGGCCUCGCGCCUCUCCGCCGCCGCCGCUGCGGGGCUGGGCCGGGCUGCCCGGAGCCGCCGGUUCUCCUCCUCCCGCCGGGCCCGGCUCCGGUAGCGGCGGGCCCGGUUCCGCCGACGGCCCCGCGGCGCUGCUGGGGCUGGAGGCGGCGGCUGGGCUGCCCGAGCCCCGCGGGCCCGGCUGCGGCGGAGCCGGGGGAGGCCCCGGGCACAGCAAGCGGCGGCGGCGAGGAGGGGCCGGGCCCAGCGCGGGCCCCGCGGGCUCCGGCCCCGGCGGGAUCGGGCUCGGGAUGGGGCUGGGACCCCCCGGCUGCGGCAGCCCCGGGCCCGACGAGGCGGGAGGCGGCUACAACAGCGAGGAUGAGUACGAGGCGGGAAGGGUGGAGAUGGACCCGGCCACCGCCGAGCAGCAGGAGCACCGGUUCGAGAAGGCUCUGCGGGAGAAGAAAGGCUUCAUCAUCAAACGCAUGAAGGAGGACGGGGCCUGCCUGUUCCGGCCGUGGGUGACCGAUCAGGUGUACGGAGACCAGGACAUGCACGAGGUGGUGAGGAAGCACUGCAUGGACUACCUGAUGAAGAACGCCGAUUAUUUCUCCAAUUACGUCACGGAGGAUUUCACCACCUACAUCAACCGCAAGCGCAAGAGCACCUGCCACGGGAACCACAUCGAGAUGCAGGCCAUGGCCGAGAUGUACAACCGGCCCGUCGAGGUCUACCAGUACGGCACUGAGCCCAUCAACACGUUCCACGGCAUCCAGCACAACGAGGACGAGCCCAUCCGGGUCAGCUACCACCGCAACAUCCACUACAACUCCGUGGUGAACCCCAACAAGGCGACCAUCGGCGUGGGGCUGGGGCUGCCCUCCUUCAAACCGGGGCUGGCGGAGCAGUCCCUGAUGAAGAGCGCCAUCAAGACGUCGGAGGAGUCGUGGAUCGAGCAGCAGAUGCUGGAGGACAAGAAGCGCGCCACCGACUGGGAGGCCACCAACGAGGCCAUCGAGGAGCAGGUGGCCCGCGAGUCCUACCUGCAGUGGCUGCGCGACCAGGAGAAGCAGGCGCGGCAGCCGCGCAAGGCCAGCGCCACGUGCAGCUCGGCCACGGCGGCGGCCGCCAGCGGCCUGGAGGAGUGGAGCGGGCGCUCCCCCCGGCCCCGCAGCGCCGCCCCCUCCCCCGAGCACCCCGGGCUGCACCCCGAGACCCCCGGCCCCAAACCGCCCUCGCCCGGAGCCCCCUGCUGGAAACCGCCCUCGCCCUGCGCGCCAGGGACCAGCAGCCAGCUGGGGGCGGGGGGCGGCCGGGCCACGCCCCCGCUGGUGUCGCUGUACCCGCUCGAGUGCCGCGCCAUCAUGCAGCAGAUGUCCCCGACCGCCUUCGGCCUGAACGACUGGGAGGACGACGAGAUCCUGGCGUCGGUGCUGGCGGUGUCGCAGCAGGAGUACCUGGAGACCAUGAAAACCUCGCGCCACAGAGACCCCGCCGCCGACAAGAGUUGAUAUUGAACCCCCGGACUGCGAACCCCCCCCAAAAAAAAAA